AAAUGGGAAGAAAAAUUGUUAGGGAAAAAUCUAUCGAUGAACCUGGAAGACGUUGCAGAUUGUGGGAGGAAAGAGAUGUAUAUCAUUUGCUAACAAAAGCAACUGCUACAGAAAUUAUUGAAGGCUUAAUCAUCGACAAUAAAAGGGAAUUGAACAAGACUCUCACUUUGAAUGGGGAUAUUUUCUUGAAGAUGAAAAGAUUAAGAUUGCUCAAAGUCCAUUGUCUUCCAAAUUGUUGUGAUCUCACCUACCUUUCUAAUGAGCUACGACUUUUAGAAUGGUCAGGAUAUUCUUUAAGAUCUCUGCCUUUAGGCUUCCAACCGGAAAAUCUUGUUGUACUUCUCUUGCCUUAUAGCAAUAUUGAACAACUGUGGAAGGAAAAUACACCCCUGUAUAAGUUGAAAGUGCUCAACCUCAAAGGGUCGGAAAACCUGAUCAAGGCACCAGACGUCACAACUGCCCCAAAUCUUGAAAUUUUGGUUUUGGAAGGUUGUACUAGAUUAGUAUAUGUCCAUCCAUCUGUUGGAGUUCUUACAAGGCUUAAGCUUUUGAAUUUAGGAGGCUGCAAAAGUCUGAGGAGUUUUCCAACCAGAAUUGGAAUGGAAUCCCUUGAAAUGUUAACUCUUUCAGGUUGCUCAAAACUUCAAAGCUUUCCAGAGAUUGAUGGGAAAAUGGAAUGUUUGUUGGAGGUUUGUUUUGAUGGGACAAACAUUAAAGAGCUACCUUCUUCAAUCGGAAAUCUCAGAAGACUUGAAGUUUUGAAUUUAAAAGACUGUAAAAGUCUGAGGAGUUUUCCAACCAAAAUUGGAAUGGAAUCUCUUGAAAAGUUAAUUCUUUCAGGUUGUUCCAAUCUUAAAAGGGUUCCAGAGAUUGAUGGAAAAAUGGAAUGCCUGCAAGAGCUUUAUUUAGAUGGGACGGGCAUUAAAGAGCUACCUAUUUCAAUUGGAAAUCUGAGCAGUCUUGUUUUGUUAAAUUUGAAAGAUUGCAGGAACCUUGUGGAUCUGCCCGGUAGCAUAGGUGGGUGUAAAAGUUUAAAAUCUCUUAAUCUUUCUGGUUGUUAUAAAGUUGAAUAUUUGCCAGAGAAUUUGCAGCAAAUAGAAUUCUUGGAGGAGCUUGACUUAAGUGAAACAUCCAUGACAAAACCACCACUCUUCAUUUUUCAAUUUAAAAAUCUUAAAGUUCUUUCUUUUAAUGGGAGAAAGGGACCUCCUUCCAAGUUACAAAAAUAUCUGUUAAAGGUAAUCCAAAAAGGAAGGACAAAUUUCAUGGCUCCGAUGUUGCCUUCGUUGUUAGGUUUGAGUUCAUUAACAAAGCUGAAUCUAAGGGACUGCAAUCUUUGUGAAGGAGAUAUUCCUAGUGAUAUUUGUCGCCUAUCCUCUUUGAUAUACCUUGAUCUUGGUGGUAACAACUUCAUCAGCAUACCUUCGUGUCUUACUCAAUUUUCCAAGCUUGGAUUUCUUAGAUUGUCAGAUUGCAGGGCGCUGAAAUCGUUGCCUGAGCUUGUAACUAGAAUAAAUUUUGUACACAUAAAUGGUUGUGCUUCUCUGGAAAUAGUUGCAAAUCGAUCAAAAGUUUGCAAUUCAAAUUAUCGGUCAGGUUAUUGGUCAGAUAUAGUAGGUGUUAAUUGCUUCAGAUUGGCUGAGAACAUCGAUGCCUUAACAUUGCUGAAAAAACAUCUAAAGGUAUUUGGAAAUUCAAGAGAAAUAUUUGAUAUUAUUCUACCUGGAAGUGAAAUCCCAGAAUGGUUUAGUCAACAAAGAGGUGUGUCUUGGAUUAAGAUAGAUUUGCCUCUGGAAGUUCGGAAUGAUAGUCAAUGGAUGGGAGUUGUUUUGUGCUGCAUUUUUGUCAGUGAUGAUGCUUCAAGGGAUGAGUAUCUCAUGUGUAGAGCUGCUAUCCAUGGUAGAUAUUCUAGACAAGGCAAUUGCACUCAAUCUAAUUUCCAGGGUAGAAAUCCUCGAGUAGUCAAUUGUAGUGGCUGGCGUGUAAAUGUUGAUUUUGACUCGCCCGUACUGAAGGACCACAUUUUAAUUCGUUAUUUGUCGCGUGACGAGUUGUAUCCAAUUUCCUUGGAAGACAAAUGUGGUGAACGAGAAACCAAUAAUUUACUGACAACAAAUUGCUUAGAUCCGGGAUGCCAUCAACUUGAGCUGUCUUUCGAAAGACAUAACAGUGUUAAGGUGAAGAAGUGUGGUGUUAGAAUAGUAUAUGAGAGAGAUCUGGAAGAGAUGGAACAAAUACAAGAGCUGCAUAGUAAUCAGUGUUGGGCAAAUUUUGAAGAUAUCCAGCAACACUCUACUGAUGAUGGAUCAAUAGGUAACGGUUCCCUAAUAAAGCGAAAACGUAAUAUCUAUGAGGAGAUGGAUGAAGGGCCGCAACCAAAACGACUGCAAAAAAUUUUCAGUUCUAUAAUGGGCAGACUUGGGAAGAAGCACUAAUUGUGAUUGAAGAAAUAUAAUCGGCUGGAAAUAAAAUGUGGAUGAAGUUUUGAUUGCUUCAUGAAGCAACUAAUAAGAUCUUUGUUGUCUUCACAAGAUGUGAUGGAUAGAUGACGGUGCUUAUCAUUAUUAAAACACCACUGACCACCGAUAGUUUCUUUUAGAAAGCGGGUAGCUUGUCAUUGGCUUCUUAAUCUGUUUCUGUUUCGAGAGUUUUAGAAUAAUAAAUGAUUUUAUGAGUCAGCUUGGACUCGUGUUAUCUUAAGUUUUAUAUAUUUUUUGUUUGUUUUUCUAUUGUUUAACAAGUCUUUCACUUUUAGAAGUUUCUAUCUACUCUUGUAAUACGUUUUUUAGUCUUACUUAUACAUGUAGUCUUGCUUUUGCGAGUAAUUUUAGGGUUGGUUUUGUCGUCGUUUCCUCUCUAGUUUGGUGGAUGCUCGAUUCUUUUGACGAUUUAUGUCCGCCGCUUUGGACCAUCCGGGGUUGAUUUCCUUAUUGCAUUAAGUGCUUGAAUCAAUUCUAAUGUAUUGUACUUAAUUUAUGACAGAGUCGAUUGCCAACGUGCCAUAAUGUUAUAUUGAUGUUGAAGUUGAA